UCCUCCCUCCCUCCCCCCUCUCCUCUCUCCUCUCCUUCCUCCCCUUUUCUCACCCCCUCCCUUUCCCUCUCCCUCUUCUCUCUCUCAGCUCCCUAACAUUAAAGAGAAAAUGCUGCUAUCAGUGACUUCCAGGCCUGGGAUUUCGACUUUUGGCUACAACAGAAACAACAAGAAGCCAUAUGUGUCAUUGACUCAGCAGAUGGCACCACCUAGUCCAAGCAACAGUACCCCUAACAGCAGCAGUGGGAGCAAUGGAAAUGACCAGCUGAGCAAAACCAACUUGUACAUCCGGGGAUUGCAGCCAGGCACUACUGACCAGGACCUUGUCAAACUGUGUCAGCCAUAUGGCAAGAUUGUUUCCACUAAGGCCAUACUGGACAAGACCACAAACAAAUGUAAAGGCUAUGGCUUUGUGGAUUUUGACAGUCCUUCAGCAGCACAGAAAGCUGUAACAGCACUGAAAGCCAGUGGUGUACAGGCACAGAUGGCAAAGCAACAGGAGCAGGACCCCACAAAUUUAUACAUCUCAAACCUCCCACUGUCAAUGGAUGAGCAAGAACUGGAGGGGAUGCUAAAGCCCUUUGGCCAGGUUAUCUCCACCCGAAUCCUUCGAGACACCAGUGGGACCAGCAGAGGGGUUGGCUUUGCAAGGAUGGAGUCCACAGAGAAGUGUGAAGCCAUCAUCACCCACUUUAAUGGAAAAUAUAUUAAGACACCCCCUGGAGUACAAGCCCCAGCUGAUCCCUUGCUUUGCAAAUUUGCUGAUGGUGGGCCAAAGAAACGACAAAACCAUGGAAAGUUUGUGCAAAAUGGACGGGCCUGGCCAAGGAAUGGAGACAUGGGUGGUAUGGCCUUGACCUAUGACCCCGCCGCAGCUCUUCAGAAUGGGUUUUACCCAGCCCCUUACAACAUCACUCCCAGCAGGAUGCUUGCUCAGUCUGCACUCUCCCCAUACCUUCCAUCUCCUGUGUCUUCGUAUCAGAGAGUGACUCAGACGUCUCCACUACAAGUACCUAACCCAUCUUGGAUGCACCACCAGUCAUACCUCAUGCAACCUUCAGGUUCAGUUCUGACACCAGGGAUGGAGCACCCCAUAUCUCUCCAGCCUGCCUCCAUGAUGGGACCCCUCACCCAGCAACUAGGCCACCUUUCCAUCAGCAGCACAGGCACGUAUAUGCCAGCAGCAGCAGCUGUGCAAGGAGCUUACAUCUCCCAGUACACCCCUGUGCCUUCUUCCGGUGUUUCAGUUGAGGAGAGCAGCGGCCAGCAGAGCCAAGUCGCGGUGGACACGCCCUCAGACCAUGGGGUCUAUUCUUUCCAGUUCAACAAGUAACCAUGGGAUCCCCAUCUUUGCUGAAUAGAAAUGAAUUCUCGGAGAUACUGAUGCUCCAGAGGACUCCAGAGGACUCACCGGGAAUGCAGACGUCUGUCGGUCUUGCUAAGGACUAACACUUAGCCAUUGAGUUUUACAGGCCUGGACCUGGAAAAAGAAAUCCCUACAUUCCUGCCCUUUGCUGUUUCUCCAUUGCUGAUGGAGCCUGGGGGAACCGUCACUUUUUGUGUGUGCUACAUUCAAGGAGAUCAAAAAAAACUUUUUUUCUUUUGCAAAGAAAGUUUUUUGUUUGUUUUUAACUGCAAUGUACUCUUUUUCUAUCCCAAAGAAACAUGGUGGCUGGAGCUUCUUAUAUAUAUGGAAAACAGUUUUUGAUGUAUUGGAAUUUGGAGAGGCUUUAAAAAAAAAACAAUUUGUAAUUAUUUCCUUAAAAAACAGAAAGAUGUGGUGUUAGAACACUGAUGAAGGAGCCCCACUUUGGUUUUGGACUUAUUUUGAUGUGUGUAUGUGUUUAAGAAAACAUGCAAACUUUUAA